AUGUUCUACGCAUGCCUUGCAAUACUAAUAUUAUUCAUUAUUAUGUGUUCGUGUAUUUCAUUGGCUAUAAUCGAUUUGGAAAUGUAUAAUUUUGGAUUGUACAUUGUACUUCUUUGUAUAGUAGGUACGAUGCUAGCGUGUGCACUUUGUAUAGCAAAUCCACAAGCGUGUCCGAAUCCGGAGUGGUAUACAAACUUAUGCCUUCACUUGCACGAAAUGUAUCCUCCAGUGCAAAACGAUGGCCCCUCAAGUCCAAAGAUGAGUGGACUAAGAGCUCGGAUGCAACAGCAUGCUCAGACAUUAGCUGCUCAGCAGGCUGAAGAUGGAUCACAACGAUUGCCAUUGAGGGCCGAAUCACGAGCUACAGUCGCAAUGCUCGCUCCAGCUGUGCAUAUCAUGCAUCAGGUAUGGAGAGGAAUGGCAUGGGUGACGGAUGGAAUUGAAGACGAGGAGGAAGAAAAUCAGGGAGAUAGGCUGGAGCAGGGUCUUGGCGAUCCCUCCAGCAGUAGCAGCAGCGGAGGAGGUCCAAUGAAACGAUUGUCGACUAUAGCUGAAACCAGCUCCAAUGCCAAAGAAAUAUUACAAGACCUUAUCGAAGAAAUAAGCAGCGAAUUCAGCUCAAAAAACGAUGUCACUCUCUAA